CUUUCGCAGUGCGGCGCUCAGCGCCCUGCAGCUGCCCGGGCACGCGAUACGGGGUCCGGGGCAGGGGUCCGUCCGAUACGGGUGCGGGGUCUGGAGGUCCGCUCGCCUUGCCCGGCGCCCUACCACCCGGGCGCAGUCCCGCUCCGCCCGGCUCCCUCCGCGCAGCUGGUGGCCUUGGCCGCGUUCGGGCGCCGGGGGAGGCUGUAGGUGAAGCCGUCGGGACGCGCCCCUCACGGCCGGCCGGCCUCUGCGCCCUCCUCGGGGACGCCAGCAGCUGGACGGACCGGGCCGGACCGGAUCACCGCGCCCGCCCCAGACUGCUGUUGCAGACACUGGGCAAAAAAACUGAGAAACCACAGGAAGACAGUGCUUAAAGGAAGAAAUGGCUACCUGAGAAUCUGACCUCUCAAAUGAUGCCAAGAUGUCAUUACAAUGAAGGUUGAAAAUGUCAUUUGGAUAUAACAACAAGGAAGUCAUUGUUGACCGUAGCAAAAGUUCUCUUGUGCAGAGACAAAAGUAGGAUUCCAGGUAGCAAGAACCACUGGCACCCAGGAAAGUUAUCCCCACGAUUCUUCUGGGAGCACUGUAAUGAAGAAAUUUCUUCUAUUAUGUAGGAAUGCAAGGAAGUUCAUAUUCCUUACCCCUCUGGAUAUAUUUUAAACAAAGGUCUUGGGAGCUGAUGAUAAUAACAUGGGUGAUGGCUGCUCUCAAAAGCUGGCGACUGUUAACCUUCUCCGCUUCCUUUUGCUGGUGCUGAUUCCGUGCAUCUGUGCUCUGGUUGUUCUCCUGGUGAUCUUGCUCUCUUUUGUUGGGACAUUAAAAACAACCUAUUUAACAUCAAAUGGAAGUGAACCUUUGGUAACUGAUGGUGAAGUCCAAGUGCUUGAUAUUAUUCUUAUAAAUACAGUUUAUAACGAGAGUACAAUUACACCUACUGCACGACCUACUUCGCACCAUCCAACUUGGAAUAUGGAAGCUCCUCUCCCGGAGGACCAACGACACAGGAAUGCAAGUGCCUGUAUGAACAUCACCCACAGCCAGUGUCAGAUGCUGCCCUACCACACCACACUAGCAUCUCUAAUCUCAUCCAUUGAAAACAUAGAAACAGAGAAGUUCCUCAAGUUCUUCACCUACCUCCACCGCCUCAGUUGCUAUAAAUAUAUCAUGCUAUUUGGCUGUAGUCUUGCCUUUCCUGAGUGCGUCAUUGAUGGUGAUGACAGGCAUGGCCUCCAGCCCUGUAGAUCUUUCUGUGAGGCUGCAAAAGAAGGCUGUGAAUCUGUCCUGGAGAUGGUGAACGCCUCCUGGCCCAGUUUCCUAAAAUGCUCCCAGUUUAGAAACCAAUCUGAAAGCAGAAAUGUCAGCAGAAUUUGCUUCUCACCACAGCAGGAAAAUGGACAGCAAUGGCUCUGUGGAGGGGGCGACCACUUCCUGUGCACCAGCGGAAUCUGUAUCCCCAGGAAACUGCAGUGUAAUGGUUACAAUGACUGUGACGACUGGAGCGAUGAAACUCACUGCAACUGCACUGUGGAUCUGUUUCGCUGUCACACGGGCAGGUGCCUUAAUUACAGCUUUGUGUGUGACGGAUAUGAUGACUGCGGGGAUCUCAGUGAUGAGCAAAACUGCGACUGUGAUCCCACAAAGGAGCAUCGCUGUGGGGAUGGACGCUGCAUUACGUUCGAGUGGGUAUGUGAUGGUGACCACGACUGCACGGACAAAUCUGAUGAGGUCAAUUGCUCCUGUCACAGCCAAGGUCUGGUGGAAUGCGGGAAUGGACAGUGCAUCCCCAGCACCUUCCAGUGCGAUGGAGAUGAGGACUGCAAGGACGGAAGUGACGAGUGGAACUGCACUGAUCCUCAGACUCCAUGUCAAGAAGGAGACCAAAGAUGCCUCUACAGUUCCUGCCUCGAUUCAUGUGGUGGUAGCUCCCUGUGUGACCCAGACGACGGUCUGAAUAACUGUAGUCAGUGUGAACCAGUUACGCUUGAACUCUGCAUGAAUUUGCCCUACAACCAUACAAAAUAUCCCAAUUACCUUGGCCACAGGACUCAAAAGGAAGCAUCUAUCAGCUGGGAAUCCUCUCUUUUUCCGGCCCUUGUUCCAACCAACUGUUACAAAUACCUCAUGUUCUUUGCUUGCACCAUUUUGGUACCAAAGUGUGACGUGACUACAAGCCAACGCAUCCCCCCUUGCAGAGCACUGUGUGAGCACUCUAAAGAACGCUGUGAGUCUGUUCUUGGGAUUGUGGGCCUACAGUGGCCUGAAGACACAGAUUGCAAUCAAUUUCCAGAGGAAAAUUCAGACAAUCAAACCUGCUUAAUGCCUAAUGAAGAUGUAGAAGAAUGCUCACCUAGUCACUUCAAGUGCCACUCAGGAGGAUGUGUUCUGGCUUUCAGAAGAUGUGAUGGCCAGGCUGACUGUGAUGAUGACAGCGAUGAAGAAAACUGUGGCUGCAAAGAGAGAGAUCUUUGGGAAUGUCCAUCCAAUAAACAAUGUUUGAAGCACACCGUGAUUUGUGAUGGGUUUCCAGACUGUCCUGAUAAUAUGGAUGAAAGAAACUGCUCAUUUUGCCAAGAUGAUGAACUGGAAUGUGCCAACCACGAGUGUGUAUCACGUGAGCUGUGGUGUGACGGAGAAGCCGACUGCUCAGACAGCUCGGAUGAAUGGGACUGUGUGACCCUCUCUAAAACUGUGAACUCCUCAGCACUCCUGAGUGUUCACCGAUCUGCGACAGAACACCACGUGUGUGUGGACGGCUGGGAAGAGACCCUGAGUCAGCUGGCCUGCAGGCAGAUGGGUCUAGGAGAACCAUCUGUGACAGAGCCAAUACCAGAAGAGGAGGAAAACCAGCAGUGGCUGAGGUUGCGCUCCAACUGGGAGAAUGUCAGUGGGGCCACUUUGCACAAACUUCUGGUACCUGGGCAGUCUUGUCCCAGCAGAAAGAAGAUCUCUCUUCUGUGUACUAAAGAAGAUUGUGGGCGUCGCCCCGCUGCCCGAAUGAACAAGAGGAUCCUCGGGGGCCGGACGAGUCGCCCCGGAAGGUGGCCAUGGCAGUGCUCUCUGCAGAGUGAGCCCAGUGGACACGUUUGUGGCUGUGUUCUCAUUGCCAAGAAGUGGAUUCUGACAGUUGCUCAUUGUUUUGAGGGGCGAGAGAAUGCUGCUGUGUGGACAGUGGUGUUUGGCAUCAACAACCUGGACCACCCAUCAGUGCACAUGCAGACCCGUCUUGUGAAGACCAUUAUCCUGCACCCCCGCUACAGCCGCGCUGUGGUAGACUAUGACAUCAGCGUAGUCGAGCUGAGUGAAGACAUCAAUGAGACAAGCUAUGUCCGGCCCAUCUGCUUACCCAGCCCAGGGCAGACUCUAGAACCAGACACGUACUGCUACAUCACAGGCUGGGGCCACAUGGGCAACAAAAUGCCUUUUAAGUUGCAAGAAGGAGAGGUCCGCAUUAUUUCCCUGCAGCAGUGCCAGUCCUACUUUGACAUGAGGACCAUCACCACUCGGAUGAUGUGUGCUGGCUAUGAGUCCGGCACAGUUGACUCAUGCAUGGGUGACAGCGGUGGACCUCUUGUUUGUGAGCAGCCUGGAGGACAGUGGACAUUAUUUGGUUUAACUUCAUGGGGUUCCAUCUGCUUUUCCAAAGUUCUGGGUCCUGGAGUGUAUAGCAACGUGUCAUACUUCAUCGGAUGGAUUGAGAAGCAAAUAUACAUCCAGACCUUUCUCCUGAGUAAGCCCAGGGGUGAUCAGAGCCCUUUGCCAGCAACACACAGCGAGAAAGGCCGUGCCUGAGAAGAGCUCCCCGUAGAGGGCUGGACAGAGCUACUUUGUGCAGACAAGGAGCUCCACGUACAUUGCGAAUUUUAAUGUUUGCUUCAGACCAAUGUUAUUUACCUUCCCCCCAAUUCUUUAAUUUAAAAUUUUGUUUAAAAGCUUUUUUUAAGAAGCAGAGCAGUUUUUUUCUUUUGCUAGGUCUAACCCAAAUGUAGCAUGAAAGUACAUAUCAACUCUGUAGAGAUUUAAAAUACAUAGGCCUUAAGUUUAACAGGUUACAAAAAGUUCCCUUUUGUUCUGUCACUGAAAGGACACAAAUCCAGUCUGACUGAACCCGUUUCUGUCUCUCAAGCACAGUAGUUUAGGUGAAAAUUUCAGUAUGAACAAUGGCAACUGGCUCUUGAUUUACUGAAAGCCAAAAUCAUUUAUGUUUUUACUUACUCUUCUGAAGUUUACGUAAUUGAGAGAAUUUAUGAAAGACAGUAGUAAAAAAAAAAAUAACAUCCAUGUAGGUAACUGUAAUUACAACGUAUAUGCAAAGUUCUCUAAACACCAAGAUUAGCCCCUGGAAUAACAGUUCUGGCCAUUCUGGAUCUAAGUAAAGUUUGUAAUUUUACAGGAAAGCUUCUACAGUUCUUUCCCCAUUUCUGGCGCUUUUUUGUUAAGUAUCAGCUAAUUGAGAUUUCAACAAUUAGAUCAAUAUUCAUGGAGAAUAUUUUGUCCUGCCUGUGUUAAAAGGGAAUGGAGAUUAAAGUUUGUUAAAGGAGAACCUGUGCUAUAUUGGAGAAAUUCAGUUUUUUCAAAAAGAAAAUUACAAUGUACCCCACCCAAAAUAAAAUAUGAAAAUUUUGCUUUUUUGCGUUCAUCCAUACCAAUAAAGUUAUCAAAAUAUUUUUCAAAGUACAGUGAGACAUUUCACAGAAUAAAACACUUUGUAAUUUCCCCCAACUAUGCCACAUCUAUUGUUGCCUUUUCUUCUCAUUGAUAAUUAAAAACAAAAUCUUAAAGUUGCUUUUAAGCACUAGACCACUUUAUAUAAAUCAAUUUCUGAAGCAAUUAGUGGUUUGAAGUCUUUUUCUCUACUAAAAACUUCAAGGCACAAAUCUUCACAGAUGCCUAAUUUAAUUAGUUAGACGUCCAUUUUGCAACAUGCCUUUUGAACACAUCAAAUCUGCUACUAACCACCACCAGCAACCUGGACUGCCUCAGCGUUCCAAAUAAAGACUACCUGCAAUUUUAUAUGCGUACUUUUGUAUACAUCUUUUCUAUGUGUAAACAUUUUAAAUUCAAAAAGUUGCUCUGACACUUUCUGUGUUACUCAUCUUCUUACAGUUUUUUCAUAAGCCUAGAGAGAAUGUGAAAUCCCACCAUUGAACUGUGGUCCCAACAUGUAUGAAAGUUGAACAUGUCAGUUUUGUUAUAGUUGUAGGUACCUGCUUAAUGUAACAACUUUUGGCUUUGCUCAACUUGUUUUCAGUGAAAUGUACAUAUUGUACUUAUUUUAAAUAAUUCUGAAUACAAAUAAAGUGGUAUUAUCUUUUUGUAUGAAUAUGGAA